UAAAUUGAAAAGAAAAGAAAGAAAGAAGAGGUAUUCCUUCUUCCCCACUUCCACAGAACCUCACUGGAGCCGCCUCCGUCGAACAGCGACGAGCCUGACCGACGCACCAUCCAAUUUCAAGCCGGUGGCCAGCCGUCUGCCACAUCAUAGAAGUCAAUAAGUCAGAAGCACACCCGUCACCAUGGGAGAACCUCCAUUUUCAUCUGUAAAUUUCCCAUCGAUCUUAGCAUAUUUUCAUCAUUCUAUCUUCCCAACAACCUAGGGACCCACCAUCUCUCCAGCAUUUUUCUCCUUUCUGCAAAACCCCUAAAUCCUACGUGCCGUCAUCUCACCAUGACGCGUCAACUCCCUACAGCCCUAAAUCUCCCUCGCCCCUUCAUGUGGCAAUGGAAGAGGAAGCUCUGUUCUCCUUACCAUCGCUACAGGAGAAGAAAUUUCCCUCAAAUGGCUAUCGAAUUAAACUUCAUUAGUUAGCAUUCUUGACUAACUUUUCAUCCCAAGGAGACAUUGGCUAUUUUGUUACCAACUACCCCAACUAACCAAAAACAGAGCAAAAAGAUAAUUUCAGGCUGGAAUUCUCAUCUCUUUGUGAGCAAAGUAAAUUACAUGGCUGUCUUAGUUGGUACAGAACUUGAAUAUAUUAUAUAUGUACACUCAAUAGAAUGAGAAGAGCCAACUGAAACUUGAUUUCCUCACUCUCACCCUCACUCUGUCCAUGGAGAUUUUCGUACCAAUAUGUUUGCUGUCUCUUUUCUAUGUUUUCUUCUACAUUUGGAAAUUGAUUCUGCAAAGGAGAGGGCAGUGCUGCUACUUGUUAGGGUAUGAGUGCUAUAAAACUACUGAAGACAGGAAACUGGGUGUAGAAUCCUGUAUAAAUAUUAUCUUGAGGAACAAGAACCUGGGGCUUGAAGAAUACAGAUACCUACUCAAAAGUAUCGUCAAUUCGGGAUUAGGUGGAGAAACAUAUGGCCCAAGAAACGUAAUUGCUGGCAGAGAAGAAAACCCUUCUCUAUCAGAAGCUAUUUUGGAGAUGGAUGAUGUGUUUUCAAGUAUACUUGACAAGCUCUUCGCUAAGACGGGUGUUUCACCAUCUGACAUAGAUAUACUUGUUGUGAAUGUGUCUUUGUUCUCCCCAGCACCCUCGUUGACUGCUCGAAUAAUAAACCGUUACAAGAUGAAGGAAGACAUCAAGGCCUUCAACCUCUCUGGGAUGGGUUGCAGUGCAAGUAUUGUUGCUAUUGAUCUUGUGAAACACUUGUUCAAGACAAACAGGAAUGCUUAUGCUGUUGUUGUUAGUACAGAAUCUAUAGGGCCAAAUUGGUAUAGUGGAAAGGAACAGCCUAUGAUGCUCACAAACUGUUUGUACCGGUCAGGAGGUUGUUCGAUGCUCUUGACGAACAAUUCAGCUUUGAAGCAUUCUGCUUUGCUGAAACUUAAAUGCAUUCUUCGAACGCAUCUGGGAUCAAGCAAUGAAGCAUAUGGAUGUUCCAUUCAAGUUGAAGACGACCAUGGUCACCGAGGUUUUCGUCUCACCAAACACAUAAAAGCUGUUGCAACUCAAGCUCUCACCUUCAACCUUCAAAGUCUACUGCCUAGAAUUUUACCAUUAAGGGAACUAAUUCGCUAUUCCAUCCUAACUCAUCCACUUUACAAACUUGUCGACAAAAACAUAGAAGCAAAGAAAGUCCGUUUGAAUCUGAAGACUGGAGUAGACCACUUCGGGAUCCCACCAACUGAAAGGGCAGUCAUCGAUGGACUCGGUAAGAGCUUAGGCCUGAGUGAUUAUGACCUAGAACCUGCAAGAAUGGCACUCCAUAGAUUUGGAAACACAUCCACUGGUGGCCUUUGGUAUGUUUUGGGCUACAUGGAAGCCAAAAAAAGGCUUAAAAAGGGUGACAAGGUUCUGAUGAUAAGCUUUGGAGCAGGCUAUGAAUGCAACAGCUGUGUUUGGGAGGUAAUGAGCAACUUAAAAGAUGACAAUGUCUGGAAAGACUGUAUCCUUAACUACCCUACAAAAAACACCAAGCAUCCGCUUGCAGAGAAGUGCGGUUGGCUCAACGACGAGCGUCUAUCUUUCGUUAAGUUCGACGACGUAAAACAAACUCUACAGCGACAAAUUCUUUGAACAAAAGGUCUGUUUCCUUUUUUCCUGUUUCUCUGGUUCAGGUUUGGAAGGGGAGGUAGUGUAACUUUACUGCUUGCUUUGCUUGUAAAAGAUUGGUCGUUUUUGUUGCUUCUUUAUUUUCUUUAGUGAUGACCCUGUUCUUCCAUCGUGUUCAACAUCUCAUUUUGAGAAAUCACAAAUAUAACAUAUUUAAAUUCUACUCCA